AUGGAAAGUAAUUCAAGAGCGUUUCCAACAUGUUUCCGACACUUUCAAACCAAGAAAGGAAAGGAUUUACUAUCUAGUCUCGCUUUAACAGCCUAUAAAUCACUCUACAGAUUGGGGAACAACAGAUACGAAUUGACAGAAAUACACAACAUUCAGCAACACCAGAAAUCCGUUCAAAAACCUAAAAAUCGUAAAAACAAGGAACUUAUCAUUUUGGAAGCUCCGCCGCGAAUAGCCAUCUAUCACUGCGAAACCCUUAUCGCUAUAACCCACAAGCCUCCUUCAAAACCAUCACGCCGGAAACCCUUCCUUUGUCGCUUUGCCCUUGAUCACCCUCAUUUUGCCGUUUCCGAAGCCGCCAUCAACUACCACUUUCGAAAACCUGCAAAAAGACCCAUUUUUAAAACCGUGAGUUUUGAUUUGCUAACAUUUUACUCCAGGUUUUUUUUAUGUAGGAAAAGAAGAGAGAUCGUGGGAGAAAGAAAUAAAAGGGAGAUUCACAACAAAGAAGAAAUAACGGAGGAGGUCGAGGCGAAGAAGACGAAGCGUGAAAAGAGGAGAGAAGCUGAGAAGAAAUAA